AUGGCGAAUAUACCUCAGCAUCAAAAAUUUAGUUUUCUUGGAGUACAAUCUGGAGGUAUAGAAAAUAUUGGGUGCACUCAAAGAGAUUUGUAUAAUCAUGAAAGGGAUAUACGUGCUGAUAUGAAGGGGCAUGAUGGUGAAAUGUUUUAUGAUUAUUUAAAAUUGGAACAAGGAAAGAAUCCCUCGUUUACUUUUCAAAUUGAGGCCGAUGAGGAACAAAAGAUUACUUGUUGUUUUUGGUCUGAUGCAACUUUAAGGCGGGCUUGCAGUUUUUUCGGUGAUGUUGUAAUCUUUGAUACCACUUAUAACACUAAUCGAUAUGGCCUAAUAUUUUCACCAAUAAUGGGGGUUAACAAUCAUGGUCAGACAAUUCUUUUUGCUUGUGGAUUUUUAAAUCAUGAGAGCGUUGAUGAUUUUGUAUGGUUAUUUAAUCAGUUUUUGGCAAGUAUGCCUGGUGGUGCCCCGAAGAUGAUUAUUACCGAUCAAGAUCCAGCUAUGACUAAGGCAUUCCCUCUUGUUCUUCCAAAUACUUUUCACGGGUAUUGUAGUUGGCAUAUAUUAAUGAAGUUUUCUGAGAAAAUUGAUGCAGUGAAGUAUAGUGUUUAUAAGAGUGAGUUUUCGGCUUGCAUUUGGAAAUCGGAGACUCCUGAAGAAUUUGAUUUACAAUGGAAAAGUCUGAUUAAGAAGAGUGGGUUAGAAGAAAACAAAUGGGUGCAAGACCAAUAUGAACUUCGGUCUAGAUGGAUUCCAGCAUAUGUUAAUCAUGUAUUCUCAGCUGACAUGUCAAGUAGUCAACGAGCAGAAAGUGGACAUGCAUUUUUCAAGAAAUUUGUUUCGAAGAAUAAUUCAUUAGUGGAUUUCAUGAUUCAGUUUGAUAGGGGAGUAGUGCGCCAACGUCACGAGGAGUUGAUGGCCGAUCACAAAGAUGUAAUUGAGAAACCUAAACUUAGAAUAAAUCAUGACUUUUUGGAGCAAAUGGUUGAUAUUUACACGAAUGAGAUGUAUUACAAGUUUGAGGCUGAAGUGUGA